AUGUCUUCUCUCUGCUUCUCUCCUGCUUCGGCUGCCGCCCGCCCGUCUGAGACCGGUCCGCAGUCCAGGGUUCAAGUCCCUGCCCCCGUCAACGCCAGCACCCUCGUGGCCUCGCUCAGUUCCUUCCUCCGCCGUGUCCCCAGCCUCCUCGCAGCCGCCGUCACAAGCGCUGUCUGCCCGAUCCUCUUGAGCCUCACUGGCCUAUCUGUCUUCAUUUUAGCUAAGCAGUCUUUUCUAGCCGGUACAUCGGUACCCCGACACCACCCGCGAUGCUUGCCUGUAGCUCGUCUCCUCGUCAACUCCAGACUGGAGCUACUCGAUCCUCGAUCACGGUGUCGUCCUCUCUUACCCGUUGUGCACGUUUGCACUCCUCCUCCCCGUGGCGAUCCGCAUGGUUGGACCCUGAGUAUGUCCCAUUACUUAGGGCCGGAAUCCCGGAUCAGUACUUCUUCGGUCGGUUCUCCUUUGGUCAGGACUCCUUCGCCUUCGGUUGCUUCUGCGGUUUCGGCUCCUGUUGGACGUGUCUGCACUCCUCCAGGUCGGUCCCCGCAUGGCUUCACUCUGACAAUGUCCCAUUACUUGGGUCCAGAGUCCAGGGUCAGUCCUCUGCCUUUGGAUGGUUCCCUGUCUUUGGAUAGGUCUUCCUCGCCUUCGGUUGGAUCUGUGGUUACGGCGCCUGUUGGUCCUGUUUGCACCCCUCCCCGUUUGUCCCCGCGUGCCUUUACUCUCAGUAUGUCCCAUUACUUUGAGUCGGUUCCCCGGGUUAGUCCUUCGUCUUCGGUACGCUCUGCUUCUUCUGGUUCUCCAGGACGGUCGGUUUCCGUUUCCAACCUGGAGGAUCCGUUUGUGGACGCCUCUUCCCCUGCUGUGGAUUCGCUAAUCCAUCCAUUGGUUUCGCCUGUUCCUCGUCCUAACUUUGAACAGUUGAUGGCCCUUGCCGACUGGCAGAUUGAAAAGGCCCGCGCCUACACUGCCACUUACACCGCUAAGCGUCAAGCUGCCUCCGUCGCUGCUAACACUCCCAGGACCCCGGAGCCAAGGACCCCAGAGUUGAGGAUCCUGAAGCCUGAGAACCUAGAGCCCCCGACGCUUUCUCCCAUGACUUGCUCGCCUUCCGCGGAUGCCUCUCCUGAAGAACAUGGCUCGCUGUUCCGUAACCCGGUUGAACCGCCUUGUACUCCGCCGCCGUGUACUCCUCCUCCUCGUGAGAUGGACACUCUCGACCGCAGCGUUGAACGGCAACGGAUCCGGGCCCGUGAGCUCAGCGCAGAGGCCAAGGUCAAGUUUGCGCAGCUCCGGUCUCUCCUGGCGGACUGGCCUGCUCCCAAAAGGCGGUACGCGCCCUCUUACGACUACAGCACGGAAUCGCCUACGCCGCACACCAUUUCCAACUGGGACUCGACCCUGGAAGAGGAUCGGAUAUCGGAAUACUCCUGGACCAAAGGCGCGUUCCCUGUCGCCUCUCCUCAGCCCCUUGGGGCUCUGGCAGAGUGGGAUUCGCCGGCCGUUUCUCCUGGAUACUCUAGGUCUCCUGUCGCAUCGUCCUCUGGUUCCGUUGGCUCAUCUGGUUCCCCUGGAUCGUCUGGUUCUUCCGGCACUCAUGGUUCCACUGGAUCCUCUGGAUCUGGUGGCUCUUCUGGAUACUGUGCGUCUCCCGGAUCUACUGGAUCUUUCGGAACCUCCAGCUUUUUUGGGUCUCCCGGAUGCCCUGGUCCCCCCGAGGAGUCUGGAUCGAUCUCUUCCUUGCUGGAGCUUUAUGGUCCCCGAUCACCUGCGCCUGUUCCUGUGCCUGUUCCCGUACCCGCUCCUGAGCUUGAGUUUGACCUGGUCACGACCAAAAUCAAGGGUGCCAAGGGAAUCACCCUCAGGAUCACCCGCCGAGUUCCUCGGGUUAGGUCUUGA